UGCAAAACUACUCGAGAGUUCGCGUAGAUGUUGCCUGUUUUCGAUAUGAUUAGGGACAAUGCUCGAAAAUCUGAAGUACAUAGCAUUAACGCUUCGCGGUCAAUUUACACAACAACAACCAUUGGUUCCUUACUUACUACUAUACUGCUGCUAGUCACAGAAAGUUAUCUGAACUAUCAGACCAAAUAGACGAAAUCAGAAAUAUUAAGAUUAAGAUCACUACUUGGGAUACUAUAGAUACAUAGAUAAACAGCACGAAUGAGUAUCGAUCUUCACCAUCCGUCCAGCGAGAACGUUACUCGCCUUACAAAGCUCCUAUCUCGACGACCCGAGUAUGGAGUUGCUAUUCCGUCGAGGAGAUGGCUGAACAGGCAGGAGGAGAAAAUCAAAAAUCUUCCGGACGAAUUGCUUCAUCAUUCGGGCUUAUUAAAGCGUCUCUUCAUAAAAAUCACCGAAAAGGUGAACCCAGACGCAAUAGACCCGAGGGCAGUGCUGUGUAAGACACAUUCUGUUCUCAACCCCUGGCUUAUCCGUCGCUUUUUCUUAGCCGUCGCUUACGAGGUAACGGUUCAUACGGACGUGCUACGCUCGUGGAAGGGCAAGACCAAUCACCCAAUUCUCGCUGCCUUCGUAGGACGAGUGGACUCCAUUGCUGCCCUGUGGACAGAUGCAGACUUAUACCGCGAGUGCUAUGGAACACCACCCUUUGAGAGCCACAUGAUCUUUGUUCAGUCUGGUUGCGAGGCUUGUAUUCUAAGUGCUAUGGGUGCCAAUGCCCGUGUGCUUGCCGACUUGCGGACCACCCUUAUUGACCGAGCCGAGAGACGUUCAUCACGCUCAUCACGCUCACCAGGUUCAUCGCGUUCAUCACGUUCAGCUAAGCGGCGGACUAGGGAACCAAAACUUAGACGCUAUGUCGACGAAUGGAUCAAUCUACUCACGGAGGAGAGGGCAGCGCAAUGCAUAGCUAUGAGCGAUAGCGUACUCGAAGAGCUCAGGAAAGUCCGUCCUCAACUUAAAGAGUGGCGACUUCAACGGAGAAAAGAACUUAGUAAAAGCAAUGCAGCUUAUACCGAAUUAAGAAAGACCAGCGAUGGUGGAACAGAGUUGAGGUACGUUGCAGAAAACAAGCACUAUACGAGGAGGACGAAGAAGGGGAUUCCCGUAGCUGUAGCCGAUCUAGAGGGCGCGGAAGAUCAGAGGAGGGCUGCGAUGUAUAGCUUAAAAGACAAUGUGAAAAGUGUCUACAGGCCUGACAGUCUGAGCCCCUAUUCGGAGUUUGGGGAACCGACAAUUGCAGGUGAUCCUUUGCCAUCUAUUGAUGAGGAGCAUGAUUUGUCGGAUGGCUACGAGGAUCCAGAAGACCCGGACGAUCUGGACGAUCUGAAUGACUUGGGAGACCACCCAGACCUCGAUCGAGAUUUUGAAGCAGAAGAAAGAAGUAGGCUAAAGGUAACGCAGUGGUACAGUUCUCAGGUAUUAAAAUCGGAUCUGACGCCGGACGACACCAAGUCGGUCUUAUCCAUGGCCCAUCCUGCAUUUCGACCUCCAGGAGAUUUCAGUCAUAUGUCAGCUGCCCCUUCUCCCCUCAAUAUGAGGAGGCAUCGCUCGCGUAGUGCGCCGCCAAUCCACCCUACCGCUACCGACAGCGUCUGGACUGACGUUACGGUGUACACCGCGGACAAUCUGAGGGACGCGCCGCCUAUGCCCGAGAUCCCCUCGCAGUAUAGGCGUAAUAAUACCAACCGCAACAAUGACAGCGACCGUCCUUCAAGGGCUCGCUCGCCAACCCGUCGGCCUGCUACCGCGUUUGGUCAUCGCCCGAACCAAAACCCUAGACAAUCCACAAGCUCGUCGGUGUAUUCCUCCGACCAACGAGCGGAAGGAGGGAGUUUGUUGAGAAGAUUUCUGACUGGCGAGUCUGAGGUUGCGAGGGGCACCCGCCCGAGGAAUAAUACCACGGGGAACAGGGAUACGCAGGGAUACACGGCUAUCCUGCCGCAUCAGAGCCACUUCUCGACCUCGGUGCCCGACUUACCUUCUCCCCGGGGCGAUAGCCACGAUCGCGAUAGUAGUCAUAGUCGCAGCAACGAGCGUGGCCAAAACCAUGACCGCCAUCGCCACCAUCGCAGCCAUACUCGUGACCGCGGCAGCAGCCAUAGUCAUAGUCACAGUCACAGCCACAGACAUAGCCGCGCUCGUAGCCAUAGCGAAACUGCCAGGAGCCAGAGCUCGUCAAGGACCCGUGCGGCGCCCCCCUCGGAGCACGAGGAGCGCGUCUGGAAGGAUAGCUGGGGCAUCCGCGCUGAGGACGAGGACGACGGCCUGGCGCCCGAAGACUCGCACAGCGUUGCGUUUUGGCGGGAGCCGAGAUGAGAUGAGAUGGGAUGAUUUCGGUAAGCUGUUCUGGCUGUA